AUGGAUCUGCUGUGGCUUCUUCCCAUUUUACUCCUUGCUCACUUGGGGUAUGUGAUUGAUGCCAACCAAGGACCAAUGGAGCCUGGUAAAGGGAAAGCAAUGAAGGAGAAGCCAUCUGUUUAUAAUCAUGGCAAGAAGGUGGGUGUUGCUUUCUCUCCUUGGAGCAGAUCAAGGGAAGAGAACCUAAUCUUGGCCCAGAGACUGUCCCAGGAGAUCCCUCAAAAUGUGGCUUCAUUCCUGUAUACUGGUGAUUCUUGGGAACUGAAGCAGGCCAACUGCUCUGGGCGUUAUGAGCUGACUAGCUUGGCUGGAAAGUCUCGCUUGGCCUCACACCCCUCACUGCACGGAGCUCUGGAUACUCUCCUCCAUGCAAUCAACUUUCUCAACAUGAUUCUGCAGAGCAAUAAAUCCCGUGAACAGAACUUGCAGGAAGACAUUGAAUGGUACCAAGUUUUGAUCCGAAGCCUGCUGGAAGGAGAUCCCAACAUCUCCAGGGCUGCCAUCACCUUCAGCCUAGAGCCUUUGUCCUCUGUCCCUCAGAUCUUUCUCCAAGCCAGUCGGCAGAAUAGCCAGAUCCUGCUGCAGGACUUAUCUUCAGUGGCUCAUCAGUUGGCCAAUGUGUCUAGUGAAACUGAGUGGUUCCAUAGUCUGAAACGCAAGUGGAGGCCACAUCAACAUCGAAAGGUCUCAAAUCCUGGCUCUAAGGCCCAGGAAGGCAGCUUGAAAAAAAGAAAUGGUCAUCACCCUGCAGAGAAAAGUCACAUCAAGUGGUCCUCCCCAUACCUGGAGUGUGAAGAUGGAAGUUACAAACCUACCUGGCUAGUCACAUUGUCUGCUGCUUUUUAUGGGUUGCAGCCAAAUCUCCCUCCUGAAUUCAGGGGUGUUGUGAAAGUCGACAUAAAUCUACAGAAAGUAGAUAUUGAUCAAUGUUCAAAUGAAGGCUGGUUUUCAGGAACUCACACAUGCAAUUUAAAUAACACUGAGUGUAUACCAAUUAAAGGCCUGGGAUUUGUGCUUGGAGCCUACUCAUGCAUUUGUAAGACUGGAUUCUAUAAUCCCAAAAUAUUUUCAAUGAACAUCUUUCACAGGAAGGAUGCUGAGAGCCAUUUUUCUAGAAGUGAGAUGGCUGAGGAUUUGUACACCUGCUUGCCCUGCAGGGAAGGAUGUUCUGACUGUACAGAUGAUACUCCCUGCUAUGCACAGGAGGACCACUAUUUACGACUUGCUAUAAUCUCCUUCCAAACUCUCUGUAUGCUGUUGGACUUCAUAAGCAUGCUGGUGGUCUACCGUUUUCGCAAGGCAAAGAGCAUCAGGGCAUCAGGACUUAUUCUACUGGAGACUAUCCUAUUUGGAUCACUGCUUCUUUAUUUUCCGGUUGUCAUUUUGUUUUUUGAGCCAAGUGUUUUUCGGUGUAUUCUCCUAAGGUGGGUUCGCCUUCUGGGAUUUGCUACAGUUUAUGGAACAGUCACACUGAAGCUGCACAGAGCUUUGAAGGUGUUCUUUUCUCGAACAGCUCAGCGCAUUCCAUAUAUGACAGGUGGGCGAGUGAUGAAGAUGCUGGCUGUGAUGUUUUUGGUUGUGGUGUGGUUUCUGACAGGCUGGACUUCAGCAGUCUGUGAAAACCUGCAACAAAAUAUUUCACUUAUCGGCCGAGGGCAAACAUCAGAUCAUCUGAUCUUCAAUAUGUGCCUGAUAGACCGGUGGGAUUACAUGAUGGCUAUUGCUGAAUUUUUAUUUCUCUUAUGGAGCGUUUAUCUCUGCUAUGCAGUGCGGACAGUACCCUCGGCGUUUCACGAGCCACGUUAUAUGGCUGUUGCAGUUCACAUUGAGCUCAUUAUCUCUGCUAUAUUCCAUAUAAUUAGGUUCAGUCUUGCUUCAAGACUCCAGUCUGAUUGGAUGCUGAUGUUAUUCUUUGCACACACACAUUUGACUGUGACAGUCACCGUUGGGUUACUUCUGAUUCCAAAGUUUUCCCAUUCAAGCAACAAUCCACGUGAUGAUAUGGCUACUGAAGUCUAUGAAGAUGAGCUCGACAUGGGAAGAUCUGGAUCUUAUCUGAAUAGCAGUAUCAAUUCAGCAUGGAGUGAACAUAGUUUGGAUCCAGAAGACAUUAGGGAUGAAUUGAAGAAAUUGUAUGCCCAGUUGGAGAUCUAUAAAAGGAAAAAAAUGAUCACCAACAAUCCACACCUCCAGAAAAAGAGAUGCUCAAAAAAAGGUUUGGGUCGCUCAAUCAUGAGACGAAUUACUGAAAUUCCUGAGACUGUCACUAGGCAAUGUUCACGGGAGGAAAAAGAUUUUCUGGAACAUGGGAGUUCCAAAAACAUUGCCAUGGCAAGGAAAAAUCCACCAGAUUGUAGUGCACCCAUCAAACCAAAAGAUGAAUCUUUGAGAAACAGAGUUUUCUCCUUAAAAAAGUCCCACAGCACCUAUGACCAUGUCCGAGACCCAACUGAAGAUUCAAAAAGUUUAGAAAGUGGGGAAGUUAUUUCAACUGCAGAGACAUCAUUAUUGGAUUCUCUUUCUGAAAACAAAGCAACCCAAAAACCUGUAGAAAAAACUGAGGCUGUGUCUACCGAAAAUGUCCCCUUGGUGUGCAAAUCUAUGAGUGCUCACAACUUAAGUGCAGAUAAGAAACCUCUCCAUCCAAGAACAUCCGUGUUACAGAAAUCACUUAGUGUUAUUGCCAGUGCCAAAGAGAAAACUGUGGGGUUAGGAGGGAAAACGCAAAAUGAAGAAAGUGUCAAGCCUCAAAAGUCUCAACCAAAGAGCAAAGAGAUCAGCAAAAAGCACUCCAUCUCGGAAAAGACUGACCAUAAAGAUUCCUAUCGAAGAAAUUCAACCCAAGCUGAAGAGUCAAAGAAGCCUCAUAAAUCUGGGAUAAUAAAACAGCAAAAGUCCAUUCUUGAUGCAGGAGCUGGUAAAUGCCUGCUGAUGACAAGUGUUGACAUAGAAGAAAUUUGUCCUUGGGAAAUAUAUGACCAGACCCCAGAGAUCGGACUUUCUGAUUCUAAAAUUCAAAAGCAUGUAUCUAUUGCUUCAUUUGACUCAGAGACUCUCCACCCUUCACCAACAAAGGGCCAGUCUCAACCUAAGACUACUGAAGAGUACCAGAUACCCCUUCAAAAGAGCACCGAGAAAGCUGACGUGAGUCCUUGGGAGAUUCAAGAAGGACAUGAGGUGGGAGAAGAAAAAAAUUGGAGUUCCAAAGCCCCGCAAGAGGUUUCUGAGACAAAAAAUGAAAAUAUUGGUAGCAAACAUUAUACAGAGAGUAUUUGUGCUGAAGAUUCCGAGGACAUGCCCACCAAAGCGACCGUUCAAACCACAGAGAAAGAUUUUACCAAUAAACUAGGAAUUCAGACAAAACAUGCCUCUCCACCAGGGAAUGCAUUUCCUUCUAAUCCUGCUAGAUCGACAACUAAUAAUUCACAGAAACCUUUAAUGUCUCGUGUGGAUAUCUGCCCUUGGGAAUAUGAGGGGCUGGAAUUACCAAAAGCAGAAAGAAAUACAGCUUUAUCAAACACAACCAACUUAAGCUCAAAUAAAACAGAGGUGCAUCAGAAAUAAGAAGACAGACUGUGAAAAAGAGAUGCCACAGAAGAAGGGGAGGGGAGAGGAGGAGCGGGGGGCUAAAGUUAGUACAACCUGCAAAUUCUUAAAGAAGCCUCAUUUCACCAGAGAUGCACAUAGGAACUAAGCAAAAAUCGAUUUGUCUUUUCUUUGUUCUUGAGUGCCAACAAUGUUAUCAGUGCAAUUCAGGACAUGAAGUCCCUUCGUGCCCCUAACAAGUUUACAUUUCAGAUGAGGGGAAAAAUAUGCCUUUAGUAAUUUUUUCUUUCUUUCUUUCUUUUGUAAAAUAUGUGGGGUUGGCAAGAAGACUAUCUUAACAUUCGUUACACUAGUCCUUAAGGCUACGAUUGGUUUAACAUGGGCAGAAAUUCAUUCUCUACUAAAACCCUCACAAAAGGCCUAGAAUCAGAUAAAUCUUGAAACUAGCCUUCCCAAACCUGGAACUCUCCAGAUGUGCUGGACUUCAAUUCCAUAAUGCCCCUCCAAGGAAGGUAAGAGAUGAUGCUGACUAGGAAAUUAAGAGGGUUGAAAUGUGCCCUAUGAUGAUAGGGCAGCCUCUUGAAUGCCUUAUAGCCUUGAUUGGAAGAGGCUAUCUCCCACCUGGGUUAAAGAAACAUUGUCAAUCCAGUUAGCUGUUAUGCAUGAAAAUAGGGAGCAAUGCCCUGCUCUUUGAGACAGCAAUGUAUUCAGCCUGAGUUCAAGACAUCUGGAGAGCACCAGCUAGAGAAAAAUAUAACUUUUUAACAUCUGGAGAUAGCUUGCGUACCCAUUCCAGAAACUAUAUUUUUUCCUCUCUUUAACCUCAAUGGCACAGCUAACUUAAUGCAUUCCCUUAAUUAGAUUUUUAUAUAAUGGCUCCAUUUUUCUUAUGAACGUAUGUAUGUGGUUGUGUCUCAUAUUAAAGCAUUCCAGUUUGUAUAAUGUUUGCAAAUAACUUUGAUAUGAUUAUAUGACACAACACAUUUAUGCAAUCUGCAGAUAUCUAAAGUUGCAGUCUUCAAAAAAUAAAACACCCUGUGCUAGACCUUUGUUUAUUUCAAACCCCUCACCUCCCACCCAUGAGGUCUUAGCAGCUUAUAAGAAAACACUUUUUGUCAUGAUCUAUAUUGGGGUUUGCUAUUUUAAUUGUUAUUUUUAGUUAUGACUUUAUGUAGUAAUUCAGGGGUUUUUAUAUGAGAUAUAUUUCUUGUCUUGCACUUGUCCAUAAAUGAUAUAUACUAGCAGAAGCUAUCAUUUCGAUUAAUCACAAUCCUAAUUAAUUUAUUACUGCUAGAUGCUUAGAAAUGAGGGCACUAUUCUAAAAUAAAUCUGGGGAUAAUGUUUCUAUUGUUUUUUUAGAAAAUUGGAAAAAGUUAUUUAACAUUCUAAGAGUUCAACUUUAAUCCUAAUGAUCUUGCUUGGUGUCUUACACUAUGUUGAUUUGAAAUCAUAGAGGAAAUGUUGAGAAGUAGGAAAAAAUAUAUUCUGAUUAGUGUGAAUAGUUUUUCCCCCCCUCUUCAAUGCUGUCAAAAUUCAUUUUAGAAAGAGAGACUAAAUGGUUAUGACUAUGCUUAUUGUACUAGUAAACUAAAGUGAGAAAGUAGGGGGGAACACUAACCGACAUGCACUAUUACUACAUCACUUGUCAUGAACUUGUACAGAUGUGUCUUAUGCAUGUUUACUUUGAAAUAAACCCUACUGAAUUCAGUAUGGUUUACUUCUGAGUAUAUUAGCAGAUGAUGCAGUGUUUUCUUAAUCUGCAUCAUUUUAAGUAAUUCUUUAUUUUUAGUCACUUUAUAGCACUUUUAAUAUUCAGGUAUACUUAAAGUGAAGAGUCUACCUUAUUGGCACAUCCCACUUUAAUCUAAGAUUGCCAGGUCCCAUCCUGGAGAUUGUAAAUUUUGCUUGUUUAAAGCCCCCAGCCUCUUCUUACUCUCCUGUUGUAAGGAGGAGCCCAGUUUUGCCUUAUGGUAUGUGGUGUAGUUUAAGGACAAAAUUCUGCUGCUGAAUUUCUUUCUUGACUAAAAAUGUUGCACUUAACCGUGUCCCAAGCUAAAGGAGCAUCACCAGGUUUGAUUCUUUUAGAAUAAGAGCAUUGGAAAGUUAAAGAAUGUCUCUAAAUGGGAUGGGAAAGGAAUUCCUGUAAGAUGGAAGAUUUUCCAGAGUAAUACAGGCAACCCAUCAAGACUGCAUUGUGGACUUCCACUAAUUCUAGCCAAAAAUGUAAAGAUGCAGCUGUUGUGUUUUCAAAAACCUGUUUUACACAUUUGGCAUUUUAUUUAUCCCUUUCUGUUUAACUGGGGAGACCCCAUCUUCAUCAAACUCUGAUGAACAUUUUAUUGAAAUCCACCAAGGAAUUCCUAGCCUAUCAGAAAACUAAGUUUCAGCUCCUGACUAAGUAACUCAUGACUUUUCUGAUUUGCUCCCUCACAAAAAUAAUUAUCAAGGGAGAGUUGUAAUAUUAUUAUUUUUUAGAAAUGUUAUCUUUUUGCCUCUCUCUCUGUCUUUUGUAAUGGAAUGCAUGAUAUGGCAUCAUUACUCUGUGUAAUGCUCAGGUCCCAUGAGAUAACGUUAUGUGAUGUGAGACAAGAAUCAAGUUGAAUCAAUUAAUGGUGCAGGGAUGUUCCAUCACUUGCUGUUUGCACAAAGCAUUAAAGGAUAGAGGGGGAAAGAAGCACAGAUGAGGGGAACUCUCAGCCUCUUACGUGCUUCAAUAAAAUUCGGCUCUACCAUUAGGCAGAAUGGGGCAGAUGAACUGAGUGGCGGAUCCUUGGAGUAAGCCACAUUAUCUGCCUUGCUUUCUUUCAACUGAUUUCUUGCCUUCAGGUGUGAAGAUGCUGUCCAUCACCAGAACUGAAGGUGGAGUCAGCUGCCAGUUAUUCAGUGUUGCUACAUGGAAUGAGAAGAGUUCAUAUUAUCCUUCAUUCAAGUAUCAGUGACUGGUUUGCCUAUGACUCAAGUCUUGAUUUGGAUCUCUUAAAACAACAGUCAUGAUGAUUCCCCCCAUUCACAUCAUAUGAAAUAAUAAUCAAAUCUAUGCAGUGAACAGAACUAGAUUUUAAACUGCAUCUCCUUAAUCCUUGCUUUAAUAGGGAGAUGAUCUGAAAGCAUAUGAUGCAGUAUCACUGCUGAAGCUAAGCAGGUCAACUCUUGAACACUUCAUAGAUGGGAGAUAGCCAGAAAAAAUUGGUACACAUACACACACACACACACCACUUGGCUCUGGCAUAAAAAUGUGCAUACUGUAUUCAAUAUGUAUUAUUUUAUUUAUGUUGAUAAGAAGGUAAAGCUGGAGAUGAUCAUGUAAACAGAUCUGUUACUAAUUUCUAGCUAAUUAACAUUUUGAAUUGAAUAGAAUGUUAUCUCAAGAAUAGAUUAUGCAUCAGCCAGGCAAAGUUAAGCCACAGCGCAAGAUUGUGUAAAGAAUAGUCCACCCUUAUACAAUUACUGAUUACACAUAACAGAAUAUUUAUUUAUUUAUAUAUUUAUACAGAAAUUCAUAUUCUGUUUUGGACAGUGAAAGGACUAAAAGCCAUAUCAUAUGAUACUUUGGUUAAAAUGCAACCCUAAUUAUAGAAUCAAAUAUAGAUAAGAUGCUUGAUACUCCCAAUGUUUUUAGCUUCUGUUGUAUAAUUGGAAUAUUCCAUAUGUGCUCAUGUGAAUUGAAGAGGGAUAAUCAUCUGUGACAUAAUACUCUGGGUAUUAUUGGUCAAUAAAGUUACAUAAUUCCUAACCUAUACCCAUGUUGGAUGAGAGUUGGAAUUUAACAACUGGAGCAAGAAAUAAACCCUAGCCUUGCCUAAAAACAAGCUAGUGGCAAAUAUUAUUAAAACAACAAUAACAUUCAUUUCAAAGGGAGUUAAUUUAAACAAGAAAAUCAUUUUGGUCUGUGAAGCUCCAAUUGCAAUUGAAGUUCCAACAUCAGAAACAGAUUGGAAUUUCUGAACUGUAUAGUCAUUUAUAUUAUUCAUUGCUACAAAGGUGGCCCAUAAUAUCCAUGUGAGCCCAUUCUCUCCUCCCAUUUAUGUGAUUUUAGAGUGCUGUGGGGAGCAGUAUGCUGAUUAGGGCUAUGUGAGAGAAAUGCACUUUAAUUAUUUUUCCAUAAAGUUGUGAUAGAACUUUUAAAAAUUCCAGGGAAAUUUUUCAGGGAAAUAUAGUGUGCAAUUUGGCUAAAACAUCAUAAAACCUCGAAAGUCUGGCUUUUCCUUGCAAACCCUCACCCUUAAGCAUGAAUACAGUACACUCACUUAUUAUAAUAAAUAAUUUGCAGGUAUUGUUUUGGGCAAAAUGUUUUUCCUAUGAGCUAUGAAAUACCAUACCAGUCUUAGAGAGUAACAAGACAACAAGGAAUUAAUACCUGAGUCAUGAUUAAGAAUGAGCAGAAGUAUAAGAGAAAAGUGCAUUUUAGUCUACAUCUGCUUCCCACAAUUGAACACCUUCCAGCUAUGUUGGGUCACAAGCAUAUCCAAUGUCCAUAUUGGAUUACAGGUUGUAUUACAAGAUAACUGGAGGGAAUAUAUUUUCUGGGGGCUGAUUGCUCUGUGUAAGACUGGUGAAGAGCUCAGAAUCACAGCCACAACUGCUCCAAGACCAUAGGAUAAAUUAGCAAGAGGAAAUGUUCAGAAAUACAUCAGGUGGGGAGAUUUUCACAAUAACAGUGUAAUUCAACUUGCCUUCAGGAGUGUAUAUUUUGCCUUUCAAAACUCUAGCUGAAGCCUUUUUUUAAAAAAAAAAUGAAAUAGUAUUUUUCUUAAUUUACAAAAAUAUAUGUUAUAAAAUAGAACAUUUUGACAUUUUGAAAAGUAAAAGAUAACAUAAAGAUAAAAUAUAUCAGAUAGGAAAAUAUAAGUUCAAGAAUCCAAAUGAAAUCUUCUGAAGAUAAGGAGUUUAAUAGGUAGGAGGAAAUACCUUUUCUUUAAUUGUAACAGAAAUUCAGCUUUCUCAAUAGAGAAACAAAUUAUUUAAGGAAACAAAAUAAUAUGACAAUUACCUAACUUUUUCAGAGUUGUAAUGAAAAGUAUAGUUUCUAUCAAGGAUGUCUGAAGAGAAACAAAUGUGUGUCAUGAUAUUAUUUGCAUUGUUGUAGCUUGUAGCUUGUAAUACGCAUCUAUGGAUACUACCAGGAUGAAGGGCCUAGCUUAAUAUUGUGCCUAUGUGAAAAGCUAAUUGAAUGUUAAGGACCUCUUAAUACAUUACUGUUUGCUAACAUGAAUGUUAUAGUUUACAUUUGAUUCUCAAUGUGUUUUAGCACUGAGACAGACUAGCAAUUAUCACGAUUGAGACGUAUACCAAACAAUCAUGAAAACAUUAUCUACAUUUUGAAAUUGUGUUGAUUCUCUGUUUCUUAUCCAAUGCCCCAUUUCUCUAUUCCAGUUAUAAUAUCUAAAAUUACAACCAGAUUUUAAACAAGAUCACUCAAAUAUUUUCCUUCCUUAAUAUUUUUAGUUUGCACCAAUGUACCUAGUAUAAACAUAAUUACCUAUGAUUGUGUAGAUUCUGUGCAGCUACACUGCACUAAGCAACAUGGUUACAGUUUAAUUGCAUUGUGAUUCUUUGAUAUAUAAUAUGCUGCGAAUAUCAUUAUGUAUUCUUUGUUACAGAUAAAAGUAUAUAAAUUGAACUUACUUAUAUAUGAAUGCACAACCAUAUCUUGUUUGCUUUCUGAUAGUUUUAUUGAUUCUUAAAUCCAGGGAAUAACUUAAAGAUCAUUUGAUUUUAAAGUGGCUUAUAAAUGCAUUUGUGUGCAUUGAUCAUGUUGAGGAUAUCAAGGAAUUAAUGAUUGUUAAAGCAAGUAAUAUAUGUAUAUUUCUCUCUAUCGGAUCCAAAGUAAUAGUGUUGGAAAUAAUAGAGUUCUUAAUUAAUAUGCUCGAUUUUAAAAUGACAAAUAAAUUAAGAAUUCUAGAAUUUAAUACAAUUUUAAACUAUUCUUUAUUACUUCUGUCCAUUUUUUUAUUAUUUAGAGACCGGCCCAAACCAUACUCCGAGUUUUGAAGCCCAUCUGUAACACCUUUAUUCAACCCUUGAUUCAGAAUAAUUUAAUGGGAGGGAUAGUUUUACAAGGUUUGUCACUGUCAAAGACUACUGAUAUUGACUUAGGUCCUACAGGUGCCACUGAAAAUAACAAAUGACCCUGUAAGGGCAAAUAGACUUUAAAUACCUGUAUGUCUUAGUUAAUGUCUUGAUUUGUGACCUUUCAAGGAAAUACUAAUGUUAGUAUUUAAUCUCAUGAAAUUAAAUAUCACUUGAAAGUCAUGACAGGCUGUUGCUUCUUAUCUGUUCCAGUUUGAUCUACUUACAUAAAAGUUAGGCUGAAAGUGACUGUGCAGGGGAACUCAAGGGCAGAUUUUGAUAUGCCUACUUUUCUUCUGGCACUUAAAUAAGUUUGUGCCACUUUAAUCAAACCAUCUAUUAGCAUGGGAUUGGUUUAUUCAAGCUUGACUGCAGAAAUCUCUGAAAAAUGAAGUGCUGCGUCAUGUGAUCGUUGUGAUGCAGCUAAGAGUACUUAAAUUUAUAAGUAUAUUAGAAAGCAAAAGAAAACCAAACGUACAGACUUAAUAAUAUUGUGCAUUGUUACAAGCCUAUUAGAAGCAUUGAUAUCUUCUGGCAAACCUAAAUUAUCCUACUCAAUAACCCAUUAUCUACAGAUUCUUCUCCACCAGCAUCUCUUAGUUAGUGGCUUAGUUGUCUCCCUACCCACCGACCUUUCCAGAGUUCCACAGAUUUUCUGCCAAGGCAGAUGCAACUCUGGAGGCAGGGUGUUUUUCAGCUGAUUUGUAUAGACCACAUAUAAUCAUUUACUACAUUUGCUAAGUUGCCUUUCUGAAAAUGCAUGAGCAGACUGCAUAUCUUGUUUUGAAGUCAUGGUUCCUAGAAGCAUAGAUUUAUAUCAAUCUUAUUAGACCUGUAUAUUUUAUGCAAGAGGUACAUGAUUUAAAGUAGAAAAGUAAGUUUCUCAUUGUCUGCUUUGGUGUCAUUAUGAAUCUGAAAAAACAAACAUUGAUUUUAUAUUUGCUGUUCUCCUUCACUUCUUUGCAUGCACAACAAUGACAGAUAGGCCUGAGAAAACACUGCCUUUUGACUUUGACUAUUGUAGCUAAGAAUUGUAGAAUAAGUAAAGCUGUAUGUCUGUUCACUUUAGUCUGUGAUAUUUCUGGGGAAAAAAAUGUUAUCUAGCAAUCAACAGCAUCCACUAUGAACUAUUUGAUAGAUUUAUGUAGUAAUGUAUCCCAGCAUGUAAA